CCUCACGUCCCGUCCGCCGUUUUCUCAUUGUUAUUGAACGACGAACAUCCUUGAGGACACUGUCUUCUUCAAUAAAAGCUACACACUCAUCCAGACCAACUUUGCCCUCCUGUCAUCUACUCUGUACACAGGCAAAUUCUCAUGGACGACGCGGUUUUUGUCGUAGUGGACUCCAUGGUCGACUAAAUAGCUUUGAUUCAACAUGUAUUACAUCUCAGAACAACCUCAAUCCCCCGAUUCGCCGUCAGUACACUUCUGGAAACACCGAACCAGAAGAACCUUCAAAAACAGACUCAUCAAAAAAAGCAGAGGUCGAUGGGAUGGACUUAUAUACAGCUCAGACCAUUCUGUCAAUCCUUGACCGCGCCAAACAAGUUUGGCCCCCUCCUAAAGUGCCCGUUCCGUUUGGCUGGUCGGCUGACUGGGACUGUUGGGACAUGCUUCUCUCGUUAUACUGGACAUCGCCUCAAUAUCUCAUGCUACCGCAAAUCGAGACCAUUUUCAAUAUUCAUUUUGGAAUCAGAGGGGAGACGAGACCUAUCGUUUAUUCCACCCCUGACCUGGCUUUGAAUCAGGGCGAGGGAGAAGAAGAAGAGGGGAGGAGGGAGUUCAAGUCGUUUGUCUUCGCUGUCGUUGAAAGGCCUAGUGAAUUCUAUUUACUCGAAUAUCACGGCGAACCUACGCUGUUCAAGAUAUCGCUACCGAAAUCUGAGGAUUCCUCCUCUGAACAAAUCCAACAAUUGACCGAGCCGCUACUCGUAGAACUCCUUGCUACGCCAGACACACUCACUUUCGAGCACAUCGAACACUCUCCGGAGGGAUCCGCGGCACUUCAACGAAUUUUUGCCCGCGAUCGUGAUGUGAUUCCCGAGCUCGAAAAGUUUCUAGGUUACAUUCCGGAGCAUACAGAGAUAUGGGAGGAGAACCCGCAGAACUCACACCCAGAAUAUACGACAAAAUCUGUAGAGAUGGCUGAAUCAUCAGAGAAGACGGCAGAAGACGAGAAGAUUGCGGAGGUGAACUAUCUCCUAAAAGAGAUCGAGGAGAGGUCUCCAGAGUUCAAAGAGGCUAGUCAAGCAUGGGAUAAGGGGAUGCUGGAUGUAUCAUCCUCAAUAUCCGACAAUGAAGUUGAUCCGGAUUCCGUCGAACACAGUAUGUCCGCGAUUGGACUCAAGGAGGAGAUAGCGCAGCUCGAGGACAUGAUGGAUAAUGCUGAUGGCGAAAUAUCGAAACUCGAUGAAUCUUUACAGGAGACACUUACGAGCUUGGACACAAAAUCAGUCAAUCACCAGUCGGUUAGUCCGCUCCAAGUGGAGGUCGAUGAAGCUGAUGAGGAUCAUGUGAGACUCAGCGUGCCGUUCAAGGAGGAGCGCGGAAAGGAUCCAAAGAGCGGGUAGUAGUCCGCCAAGGUUGUUUGCCUUGAUCUUUGUUUAAAUACUAAUCUGCUAGUACCACUAAUGAUAGUUCCAUGCGUACAUAGUAGUACUAGUGUAUCAUGAGUAAUCAAGGAACUUGCCCACUGCUAACAAGGCUUAUUAUCGUUGCGUUUGAACAUCGACCCUACU